CGAACCCGGGCUCCUGCCCUGGCCGGUGCAGACAUGGUGCCCCUGCUGCUGCUGCUGCCCCUGCUGUGGGGGGGUUCCCUGCAGGAGGAUCCAGGGUUCGAGCUCCGAGUGCAGGACUCAGUGACGGUGCAGGAGGGUCUGUGUGUCCACGUGCCCUGCUCCUUCUCCUACCCCUGGAGCUCGUGGUUUUCCCAUGAGAAGCCCUACAUAUACUGGUUCCGGAAUGGGGACAGCCAUUAUCCUGUGGCUACAAAUGACCAAAGGAAAAUGGUGAACAUAGAGGCCCAGGGCCGAUUCCACCUCAUUGGGAACCCCUGGGACAACAACUGCUCCCUGAGAAUCAGAGAGGCCAGGAAGAGUGACCAGGGAGUCUACAAGUUCCGAAUGGAGAGAGACUACGUGAAAUACAGUUACAGAGAUAAGAAGCUGACGGUGCAGGUGGCAGCCCUGACACAGAAACCCGACAUCCACUUUCCGGAGCCCCUGAAGUCUGGCUAUCCCACAAACCUGACCUGCAGUAUGCUGGGAUCCUGCGAAGAGGGAAGACCUCUCACCUUCUCCUGGGUGGGGGAUGCUCUUGACUCGCUGGACCCCCAGACCCUCCACUCCUCAGUGCUGACCCUCACCCCGAGGCUGCAGGACCAUGGCAGCAACCUCACCUGUCAGGUGCACCUGCCAGGAGGUCAGGACACCGUGGAAAGAACCAUCAGGCUCAACGUCUCCUACGCUCCGCAGUUGAUGACCACCUGCAUUUUGCAGAGAAACCACACAGGUACAAUCCUGAAGACACCGUGCAACCACACGUCACUGCCUGUCUUGGAGGGCCAGUUCCUGCGCCUGGUCUGCAUCGCUGAGAGCAACCCCCCCGCCACGCUGAGCUGGUCCCGGGAGGGAAAAGCCCUGAGCCCCUCCCAGCCCUCAGCACCUGGGGUCCUGGAGCUGCCCCACGUAGGGGUUGAGGAUGAAGGGGAGUUCACCUGCCAGGCUCUGCACCCGCUGGGCUCCCAGCACGUUUCCUUCUGCCUCUUUGUGCAGAGAACCCCCUCUUCUUGCAACUGUGUGACUGAGAAGCAGGAGGGCUCCUGGCCGCUGGUCAUCACCCUGAUCAGAGGGGUCCUCAUGGGGGCUGGCUUCCUCCUCACCUAUGGCCUCACCUGGAUCUACUACACCAGGUGA